AUGGCGCAUCCAGCAUGUCUGCCACCGCGCCCGCACCACACGUUCAGCCUGCGCACAGUGGAGAAGCUGCACCAGCGUCACCUGGAGAACACCGGGGCGCAUGUGCGGCCGGAGCAGAUCCCCGCCUACGUGGAGGACGUGCGACGCAAUCUUGCGCGCGUGGAGGAGGCGCUGCAGUACAGGCUGCAGCGCCCUGCGCCCGCUCAAUACGGAGGGACGGAGCAACACCCGCUACUCUCCAAAUUUGAACGCAUCCGCGUUGGACAAAUACUGGCGGACGUGGUGCUUGAUGUCGCCACCAUCUCUAUCGCAAGCAGUAAUGAGACAUACGAUGCGGUGGUGAACACCAACACUGCGCUUUCGCUCUUGACCUCCCGCGUGGGCCCAACGCCACUCCUUACUUGUGACGCUGACGAGCUUUUACAGCCACAGCAGCCUCAGCCACAGCAGCAGCAACGUGACAGCUCUACAGAGACGGCGGAUUUACCUGCGUCGCCCCCACAUGUUUCCGAAGGGCAGUAUCCGUUUAACUCCACACUUCAGAAUCCAGUGGCCCUUCCACCACCACCACCACCACCACCAGCACCACCAGCACCACCAGCACCACCAGCACCAGCACCAGCGGCUGCAACAGCGAGAGGAACAUCACCAACAGCAGCUACAGUGGAGUCGCAGUGUGCCGAGAAGACUAUGGGCGAUAUGGAGAGGCAUAUGCAGGAAGGUGCCGUGCUGCCGCCGAUGGGUGUGUGUGGUAGUGACGGGGGCAGCGACAUGUCAGGGACAGGGCCUGGUCGCUCCAUCACUACGCCACCUGGAUGGCACCGCGUGACACACAACUCCUCGCCCACCACAGAGCGGAUUCGAAGAGCGCCGCAGAGACUCCAAAGUCAAAACACGAUGGCCAGCGUGGAUAGCCAUGGAAACAGCAUUAGCAGCAGGCGUGCGCGAUUACACGAGGCUUCCCACGACACGGUGACGUGUCAGCACCCUCUGACGCACAGCGAGUCGCCACUCUCGCCGUCGUCGAUGCGCUUCAAGCCGGUACUCUCGAUGCACUCGGGGGCAGAAAGCUCAACGGCGUGCCCACCGCCACAGAGGAGACCUCGCAAGUAUUAUGACAUUGAUUUCCAAAAACUAGGAGAUUUCACGCGAUGUCUCCGCGCAGUGCAGCGACUUAGCUUCAGUGACAGCGAUUUUGAGGGAGUUGGCUUACGGUACGCCAUCCCGGGCAUUCGGGAGUUGGACCCCAGCGAGGUACGGUCCUUCCUUGAGCGCAUGUACGAACGCCCUAGCUUCCUCGGUGAUUCCUUGAAUCGAACAGGGGAUGACGACUUUGUGGUGAAGCGCACCGUUUCGCUGACGAGCACUGGAGGUGGUACAGAGGCAAACGGCCGCAGCACCCACCUCACGCAGAAGGAAAGCACCACGAGCAUAUGUAACACACCUCCCCCCACAGUAAUCGACCUGCAGCUGCUCGACCACGAGGUAACAAAUGCGACGCGUGUGUCUCCUUGCAGGUCCCCUACGCCGCACCGACUUGCGGGGCAGCUCACACCACCGAGUGAAAACGGGGCUUUCUCGCUGUCACAGCCGUUCUUCAAGGAUCACUGCCUACCACUCUUCCGUGGUGGAAAGGAGACCGUUGUGCAAAAAAAAGACCUGUACAUUUUCCUUGCCAUGGUCGACGCAAGACUGAAACAGAUUGAUCAAGAGGUCGAUGGGCGACUACAUAUCGCUGGCGCUGAUUUGGCAUCAAGCAGUGGCGAAGAGGACACACAUUAUGCCCCCUGA